AUGUCAUUGAAGGUGUUAGCGCAGUCGGUGAAUUUUUCGGAGCUGUUGAACGGAUGUAAUACUGAGUAUGGCAAGGAGUUGCUAGCGUUGUUUCGGGACUUGCAGAAUCCGUGGCCUCGGGGAAAGAAGUUGAAGUUUGAUGCGUCUUUCGCAAGUUUAUUACGACCAGCGCGUUUGUCGCGUCCGUCGAUUGAGAAUUUGUCGUUGAAUAUUUCGGAGCAGUUAAUUGUAUGGACGUUGAUUCACACGGAGUCGCAAUACGUGCGACUUUGCAUUUUACGUUGGUGUGUUAUUGUGGCCUCCGCGCGUCUGGCCUGCCGACAUUUAAACGGCGCAGAAGUCUUUGGGCGUGUCAUCCGUGACAACCUGUGCGUUGUGCGAAAGAUUGUUCGCGGCAGUGGCGCGUUUGGUUGCCUCUGCGCGCACGAAGACACACCAUCCGACACGGCACCUGGCGCGAGGGAGUUAUGGGGAAAGACUCGCGCGGGAGAUGAAGACGAAGGGGAGCUACUAAAGACCGACCCAGAAUAUGGACGGCAACCCGAAGGGGGUGGGGUGAAAAUUGAGCCUCGGACGAAGGCGGGGACGAAGGCGGAAACGAAGGGAAUUAUUAGACUGUCUCCACCGGGAAGACUGCGGUUCGAAGUCUGUCCAUGGGAAGUGGAGUUAUCUUCGCGAGCAAUGAGUACAGCGACGAGUACAUUAUGUGAAGAGGAUCAGAUGACGGUGGGGACGAUUACGGGGAGGGAGCGUCUGAUACCACGGUGGGUGGAAGCGUCGACUGUGUCAGAACCAGCGCCAGUGGCAAUGUCGCCUGAAGAGAUGUUGCGAGUAUUGGAAUUGCAAAUGGCAGAGUUGAACAUCAACUUUUGUGACCACUUGUACGCAAGUGUGCAACGUUCUGUGGGCUGGUCUAUUACGACCUUGCCUCUUUUCUACGAAGCGGCGGCGGUUUGGCAUGAACUGGCUGCGCCGGUUCCUGGACGAGUUUCUCGUGUACUGCUGUGCGCGCAUACACGUGCUGUGCGCGCGUGUUCCGCGGACGCAGCACAUGGUAGCACUCGCGAGGCCUCCCGCGCACGGGUCCUGCGGCGCACGGCGGCCCUCCUAAGACGAGCGGCGCCACAACUUGACCGCGAGACCGCGCUGGCGCCGGCCGAACGCUUCCGCGAACUCUGGCAACCGGGGCGACGCGUCACUCUGCGCGACGCACUCGCAACCGAACGACAGCCACGCGCGCGAGCCGCGAGUGACGGCACGUCACUGGACGCCUUCACGGUGUGUGCGUCGGAGGCGGCUGCGUUGGUACGGGAGUUGCGACUGGCUCUGACGAACCUGGUGGGCGGGGCGUCGCUCUUUCUGCAGGCAUGGGUGGAUGUGACGGCAGUGGACACCGUGGAGGCGGUGGACACCACAUUGUCUGAGGACUUGGUCUGGCUGCGUCAGCGUUGGCAGGCACUGCCGGAAAUCAUAGAGAUCUUCACACACAUCGACCACAUCCAUGGGUGCACUAAACUCGCCGCUCAUGUAAACCAAACAGUCAACAGUGAACCUAACUCCGACCGCUGCUACCACUGGUUGGUCUCAGUCCUCAGCAUUUUGGCUCAAGACUCUGGCACUGAAAAAAAGACUGAAAGAAUCAAAGGUAUGGCUGCCGUCAUAUCUGGUACCACUGACCUUCAACAAAACAGGUCCAUCUACUGGCUUAAUAUACACCCACUAGUCAAACACGUCAUCGAACCUAAUAGAGCGGAUUGGCGACAGGUACCAAGUAUCCCGUUUGUGAUUGACUCACAACACUUGGCGGUUUACCAUCAGAUCAUGACUUCAUUGGUGAUGGAGUACGAUGUGGGGCCACCUGAGUUCUGUGAGGCGUAUGUAACAUGUGUGCUGAAUUCGUCAUUGAAUACAAAGCAGGUCUUGGAUAAGAUGCAGGUCUAUCGCAGUCGACUUUUUAUGCUCUGGGAGGAGUUCAAGGAGUACACUUUCUUUCAUGAGUCAUGUCGUCUCACACCCCAGAUGCUUCAGUUUCGCGCACCCUACUUUGUACGUGAGUUCCUUGACAUGUGUCCAGAAGACUUCCUCACCCGUCCUAUAGACCAACUACAAGACCAACUACAACCACAAGACCAACCACAAGACACUGCCUCGCGUGAAUUGUUUUACAAAGGGAUAACGCACAUCGUGCGCAACAAAGCUUUCUCACAGGAACUCUACAAACGACUGUUUCGGUCAGAUCUUAUGACCUCCCACCCACCCCGACGGUCACUGGCGCCGGCACCGACGAAGACCCGUUAA